AUGUCUGACAUUGAAGAUCUCGCCUCCGGAGGCCUUUUUGACGAGCCCAAGGACUUUUACAAGCCCGAGGAGCAGCCUGGCAGCGACAGUUAUGCCCGUCAAGAAAAACACGUGGCUGCCUCCGAGUACAAAGAGCCCACCAACUUCAACUUGCGUCUUACCGCUAAGAACCCUCUGUGGGGUCACUUGCUGUGGAAUGCUGGCAAGGUGACUUCUGACUACCUUGAUGAGCACUCCAAGGAGCUGGUUGAGGGUAAGAAGGUCAUUGAGUUCGGAGCUGGAGCCGGACUACCGUCUCUUCUGUGCCACGCCGUUGGUGCUAAGCAGGUUGUGAUCACUGACUACCCUGAUGCUGACCUGCUUUACAACCUCAAAUACAACGUUGACCAGCUGAAGAAGGACUGGGAUGCCAAGAAUGCCGACUUCUCUGGCCCUUCCCCUUGCGCUGACGUCUCAUCCAUGAAGGUCGAAGGUUUCAUUUGGGGAAACGAUGCUUCUGAGCUCAUUGAGAUGUCGGGUGGCACUGGUUACGACCUGGUCAUUCUUUCAGAUGUCGUCUUCAACCACUCUGAGCAUGCUAAGCUUGUGCGAUCUGCCAAGGAGCUGUUGGCCCCCGGAGGAAAGGUGUUCGUUGUGUUCACUCCCCACAGAGCCAAGCUCUUCAACGAGGAUCUGGACUUUUUCCGACGAGCAAAGGAUGAAGCUGGAUUUGAGAGCGAGAAACUGUUUGAGCUCAAGUACUACCCUAUGUUCGAGGAGGAGGAGGAGACCAAGGAGCUGCGAUCAAUGGUGUUUGGCUACAUGCUGACCCUGAAGGAGUAA